AUGCCAGGUGAGCAAGUGGAUGCAAGUCAAUCUGAAACCUGGGCAAGGGUAUGGGAUGAGCUUCGAUCCCAGCAGUCACUGGCCUCCGUCAUCAAUGACCCCCUUCGUGGCAGCCGCCUUUUGCGUGGACAGUGGGAGGGGCUUGGGGAGUUCGUCGAGACUGUUCGGGAGAGCGUUGGCGAGUUGAACGAUCAGCGCGAUGAUGGCGCAAUUGAUCCCGCUACGGUCGCGCGCAUCGAUGAGCUCAUCGGUCAGGUCCCCGAGGUCGCUGAGUUCAC